AUGUAUUCAAGGUUCCUCGACAUGUUUGCAUCUCUUGAUGUAAAUAUACCAUUCAUUAAGGCCCUCCAGCAAAUGCCCUCCUACAUCAAGUAUAUAAAGGAGCUACUAACCAAAAAGUGUUCAUUGAAGGGUGGACAAACAAUAAAAAUGAACAGGGAUUGCAGUGCUCUCAUUCAAACAGAGCCACCCACAAAGAAGAAGGAUCCAAGGAGUUUUCACAUUUCCUGUGCUAUAGGAGAGACAAUGAUUUAUAAGGGGCUCUGUGACCUGGGAGCGAGCAUCAACUUAAUGCCUCUAUCCCUCAUGAAAAAGCUUCAAAUCAAUGAGCUAACACCCACAGAUGUAAUCAUCAAACUGGCUGACAAAACCCAAAAGCAGGCAAUAGGAGUGGUUGAAAAUGUGUUAGUGAAGGUUGGGAAAUACUUCCUCCCCAUAGACUUUGUUAUCCUGGAAAUGAAGGAGGACCCCAUUCACCCCAUCAUUCUAGGAAGGGCAUUCUUAGCCACAGCCAGGGUGCUUAUAGAUGUGGAGCGAGGAGAGCUAGUAUUGAGAAUACAUGAUGAUCAGCUCACCUUCAAUGUUUUCAAACCCUCACAAGAAAUAGAUUAUAAUAGCAAAGAGCUGAUGGAGGAGCCAAACAAGGAAGCACAAGCACCACACAUAAGAACCCCCUAUGUUUAA